AUGAUAAAAAAAGUUGUAGAAAAGAGCAUUUUAAAAAAUAUUUCGCAACUAAAUUAUAUGAGCUUAAUCAAUAAAAAUUUCAAUAAAUUUUUCCACCAUAAAGACAAUACAUAUUAUAGAAAGGAAUUAAAAAAAAAAAAUAUUUUAAGUGAUAAUAGAACUAUAUCAACUAAUAUAAAUAUAUCAGAGACAAAAGAAAUAAUAGUUCAUGAUAAAUAUAAAGUACAAGUUUCUCUAUGUAUUGAUAGAUUUCCCUUAAAUUUUGUUCAGGAAGAAUUUGAAAAAGAUUUUGAAAAAUUUAAAGAUGAAUGGCUUUUAAGAACUAAUAAUAAUUUAGAAAUAAGUGAAGAUUUUUUACAUAUGAAAUACAACUUAAGUUCCUUUGAUGAAAAGAAAAAUUCAGAAAAAAACAUCUUAGAGAAUAGUAUAAAUUAUGAAAAUAAAGAAAAGAGAAAGGAAGAUGAAGAUGAAGAUGAAUAUGAAAAUGAAAGUAAAGAAGAAAAUGAAAAAAAAGAUGAAACAGAUGAUUUGGAAGACUUAAUUUCUCUUGAAGGAAUGCAAAAUAUUUUUAAGGCAAAAGAAAAAAAAAAAGAUGAUGCAAAUAUAAAAGAAAAAAAAAAAAAUGAUAUUGAUAUAAAUGAAAAUGAUUACAAAAAUAUUAAAAGAAAACCAAAUAAUUUUUUAUAUUUACUAGUUAAAUAUAAAAAAACAAAUAAAUGGAUGUUUCCAUUAAUUGAUUUUAAAAAAAAUUUAACAAUUAGACAAAAUUUAAAAUAUCUAUGUUCUGAACAUCUAAAAUGUGAAAUGCCAUUUUUCAUUGGAUAUUGUCCAUGUACUUUUGAAAAAAGAAAAUUUAAAAUUCCCCUUCUUCCCAAUGAAAUUAUUGGAAGAAAAAUUUUUUAUUAUAGAGCUCAUUACACUAAUAAUGAAAAAAAUUUAGAUGUUGCAAAAAAUGAGUACAUAAAUGAUUUUGCUUGGUUAUCUCGUUCAGAACUAAAAAAUUUCUUGUCAAAAAAUAAAUAUCAUGUAAUAAAAGAUGCAUUACCAUUAACUUAA